AUGCAGAGAAUGUUGGUGAGGACGAAGCUGGAAUCGAUAGCAAGGAUCGUAGCAGUAAGUCAGCCGGUUGCUGGGCCGAGCUCGAUAGCCUCUUCCUCCACCUCUGCGUAUCGGUUGUACCACAGGUCUAACCAUGGCGAUCGCCGGCAAAGACAGGGUGACCGACGGCUGUCAAGGACCGAAACAAUCUCUUCCGGAACGAUAAGAUCAAGGCUGCUGUUAAGACCUGCUGACAGGCUAGAGCUUGUAGCCCGCGCAUUCUCGACUAGCUCGGAACUUCGCUUCUCGCAUGAUGCGAAAGACAAGCCUCUCACGAACGACGGCGAGGAAAAUAGAACACGCACACGGCCAGAGGCAGUCUCAAAUGUUGCCCAAGAUUCGAAAGCGGGGUCAGGCCAUCUACGACAAGUCCUGGAUGAAGCCAAGUCAGGCCCAGAGUUUGCAGCUGAGAGCCCGGCUUGUUCACACGUGUCGUCGGACACAAUGGCAACAGCAUCAGGACCGACUUUGGAUGAUUCUAUAGACUCCAAAGCAUCCGUGAACGAAAAGAGUAGCAAAAGUAACGCCAGCGGUCGAAGCUCUGCUUGCUCACCUGCAUCCUGGCUAGAUCAAUUCCGCAACGGAUCCUCCUUCCUCCCCUCGUUCGAUGCCCCCACAUCCACCACCUCUCUUUCUUCCCUCCUCUCAACCGCCAGCAACCGCACCUCCGAGCUGACAACCCAUCUUCGCAAUAGACUCUCCUACCUCUCCACCCAAUACAACACUUACUCGGGCUACUCGACCAUCGAAACGCUCAAGUCCCGAAUCGUCUCGCUCGAGCAAUCUCUCGAAACCAAACGAACCCGCGCGUCCACUGCCAAGACCAAGUACCUCGACUCGGUCCGCGAGCGCAGCUCAUCUCAACGAGAAACCAACGAUCUCCUAUCGCGGAAAAACAACUGGACAGAAACCGAUCUCUCGCGCUACACCGAGCUGCUUCGCAAAGAGCACACCGUAUCACAACAAGAGAAGCUAGCAGAGCAAGAGUUGGAACGCACAGAGGGGGAGGUACAAAAGGCAUUCGACGAGCUGAUGAAGGCUGUGAUGGUGAGGUAUCAUGAAGAGCAAAUCUGGUCGGAUAGAAUGAGAGGUUGGAGCACGUAUGGAAGUUUGCUGGUGGCUGGGUUGAACGCGGUGCUGUUUAUCAUGGCGAUAUUGGUGGUGGAACCGUAUAAGAGGAAGAAGCUGGCAGAGACUUUUGAGAAGAGACUGGUUGCUGCUGAGGUGCAGUCGCGGCAGCUGAUACUGCACAGUGUCGAUCGAUUCCAGGAAUCGCUCACUGCGGCGUUGACCCCUGCAACUGCAGCAUCCCCAGUGGCUGAAUCGGAAGUAGAUGGAGCGGCACCUGCUGAGCGGCCGGAAGCGUUGAUGCCACCGCGAGCUGAAGGGCUCGAACCAGCGGAAAACGUCGAAGCGGAAAACGUCCAAGGCGUGGUCGGAUGCAGGUCGAUCCAGCGGCAGGAAGAAGAGCGUCUGGUAUUCGCCUCAACCGUAGGUGUUGUUGUGGGCACUGCAUUGUCUCUCAUCAUCAGCGCUUGUUGGUCGUGA